AUCCUUGUCUACACAGUUGACACGUCUUUUCAGCUCUGUAGAAGUACGUUAUAUAUUUCUCCUUUCUUUUGUUUGUAGAGACAAAUCCUUUUCUAGAGCAGUUACAUUUAGUUCUUCUGACAGCAAGAUCGGGAAUCCACCUCUUUCCUCCCUUCAGAGAUAUUUCUCUGCCACCCAUCAAUAUCUGAAUAAGUUGGUGCUUCUUGCUGAAGGAGUAGGCUGCAUUCGAAAUUUGCAAUAAAUGUUCGAUCGCCUACUAUAAAUGCUUUUUAGUGUUGGCAAUGAGAAGUUCUCAGGAAGCCUGCGCUUAAUGGACUGCAUGCACAAUUGCAGUGACAAAAAAACGUUAAAGAGGUGGUUUUUCAUUGACAAAAGAGUUGGGUAGAUAUUUGGGUACUAAACGAUCGAAGUGGAAUCUCUUUAAGCUGCUGUUAUAUCUUUUUCUACUUUUGAAGGGGGUUUUAAGUGAUAUAGUAAUCUGGAACAAAUGGAUUUAAAACCAAACCAUAAUUCCCCUGUCCUUGCUGAUUCUGUGCCUGUGAACAAGUCAAGAUUGGGUUUGUCAUCUAAUUUGGUGCCAUAUUCAGCAUCAGCCACAGGGUAUUCUUCUGGCAUGUAUUUAACAAUUCCCCGAAGAAAGCCCAGCAAACUUGACGAUGUCCGCGCAAGUGGGUGGUUGGAUGCCAUGCAAUCCUCAUCUCCUCCUCGCAAGAAGCUGAAUAAGGAUUUCAGCUUUGAUUCGGAACUGGAUGAAGCAGAAUCUGCGUACCGCAACUGGGUGAUGAAGUAUCCAUCUGCCUUUACAUCGUUUGAGCAAAUCACAACUUAUGCCAAGGGCAAGAAGAUAGCACUGUUUCUUGAUUAUGAUGGAACACUUUCACCUAUUGUGGACAAUCCGGACCGUGCUUUUAUGUCUAGUGCGAUGCGGACUGCUGUGAGGAAUGUUGCAAAGCAUUUUCCAACAGCUAUUAUCAGCGGAAGAUGCCGGGAUAAGGUCUGUGAAUUUGUAGGACUAGCAGAACUCCAUUAUGCGGGAAGUCACGGAAUGGACAUAAUGGGCCCAGUACGAGAGUCUGAAUUUGAUAGUGACAAUCCCAAUUCCAUUAGAUCUACUGACAAGCAGGGUAAGGAGGUAAUUCUGUUCCAGCCUGCAAGUGAGUUUUUGCCAAUGAUCGAUGAGGUUUUUAGAUCCCUUGUCGUGAGCACUAACGAUAUUAAAGGUGCAAAAGUGGAGAACAAUAAGUUUUGUGUCUCUGUACAUUAUCGUCUAGUAGAUGAAGAGUUUUGGCCAACAAUUGCAGAAAUCGUUCAUGACAUCCUCAAGGGCUACCCAAAGUUGAAACUGACACAUGGUCGGAAGGUUUUAGAAAUCCGCCCUGUGAUCGAUUGGAACAAAGGAAAGGCCGUGGAAUUUUUGCUUGAAUCCCUUGGACUCAACAAUCGCGAUGAUGUGCUCCCGAUCUAUGUUGGUGAUGACAAAACCGAUGAGGAUGCUUUCAAGGUGCUUAGAGAGGGUAACCGAGGUUAUGGCAUACUAGUAUCUUCCAUACCAAAAGAAACCAAUGCCUUGUACUCUCUGAAGGACCCAUCUGAGGUUAAGGAAUUUCUCAAGUCCUUGGUGAAAUGGAAGAAAACUGCAGCAAUUUAAGGAAAGACCAAUGGCCUUCUGUUUAUCUCCAUAUACCGAUAUAUAAAUAAUAUGAGUCGGCUCUUCUUUUUUGUGAAAAAACGAAAAAGAAAAAAAAAGGAAGGUAUAACAGAUAAAUCGGAAAAGUUUAUUUGGGUCAGAUUUUGAAGUUUUUUGACUGGGAGAUUAAACAACAUCUCCUGGUCUUUCAAUUUGUAUCCUCUUCUUCCUUUUGUUGUCCAUCCAUUCCUGGUAAAUAUGAUUUUUGUCAUAUGUUUAUUAUAUCGCCUUGUUCUUUCAAUUUGUUGCACCGUAUUUUUAGCUUAAUUCGAUUCACUGUUAAUUGUUCUUGCCAUUUAUUAACUUAUUUGUGGAGUAGUAUUUUUUGAUA